AGCAGAAAAGGACUCAGCACAAAGGCCAGAGAUGUAGUGGUACUUCUAGUCGCAUACGUUGCGAGAGAAAUUAUCUUGAGACGGCGGGCGGGGUGUAUUAUUUUUUGCAGUGAUUCUGUGCAUGAAUUUUCCAUAUAUCAAUUUUUCUAAACGAUUGCAUUCAAAUUGGAUAGUCAAAGCACAGAGCACAAAAUUGCAAUCCGAGCUUCUCGGGAUAAAAAAAACGACACACUGCAUUUACUAAAUUUUUUUAAAGUGAUAUUAAAGUUUGUGAAAGAAAAAAAUAGUAGUGCUGCAUAAAAUGAAUAAUAUUACAGGAAUAUGUAUCAAAGUUGAGGAUUACGAGGAUCUUUCCCCAGACAUCAAGGUAAAGACUGGAGCUUCUGAAGUGGCAAAUUGUCUUUCAUGGCACAUACCAAGGCCAACUUUACUUGGACGUAAUGAAAGAGACAGUGAAAAUGAAAACUGUAUACGUCAUUAUUUGCAUGCGUCUUCUCCCUCUAGAGGUUCGACUUCCUCACAAGGAUCUACCGCAAGCACUCAUAGCGCUGCUUCAGGUACUCUACUUUUGACAGCAGCUAACCUUGCAAAUCUUGCUGCCAUAAAUCCACCAUCGGUGACAGUUCCAAAACAAAUUGAUACAACAUCAAUUGCCAGUAGUACGCAUUUUACAGUAGUCAACGGACUAGGUAGACAAAAUAUUGUUCAUCGGAAAUCUUGGUGUGCGAAAAAUAAGCUAACUGUGUUAGUCUGCACAAUGAGCUUUUUGUUUAUGGUUGGAUUGCUCGCAGGAAUUCUUUUAAUGGAUGUGAGGGCCAGGAGUACAUACGGAUAGAUUAUCAAAACAACAGCCUAUUAACUACAACUUCACCGGAGAGCGUUUUCUUGAGGAACUCUCAAUGUUGAUUUAUUACAAGGAAUAAAACAAAAAAACAUUGCUUAAGCAUCAUUAAGUAAACUAAUUUGUGAUAAAAAUACAAGAAGAAAUUUCUUUAAAAUUUAGGCUUGUUUUUUAAAAUGUAUAAAUAGAGAAAUGAGGUAUAAAAUUUGAGUAUUUGAAAAAAACAAAUUUAAUCAAAUUUUUAGAAUUAAUAUAUAGCAAAAUAUUUUUAAAUCGAUACUUUUUUGAUAAUAUUAUCCACUUCAAAAGACUUCCUUUGAAAUGAGAUUCCGACAAUAAUUUUUACGAUAAUCUAAUGGAAUUCCAAUGGAACUUAUUAAUGGAAUUUUCAGAUAGUCCUUUCGGAAAAACCUUUCAAAGUAGGUAUUAUAUAAUACUUAUAAGCAUUGUAAAGUUUGCGAAUGAAAUUUUUUGAGAAAAAAUAUUAAAUAAGUAGUGUUAUUUUUUUCUCUAAUUUAGCAAUUUAGACAAAAUUAAAAUCAUGUAAAAUGUGUAUUAAAAUUGCUCACUCAAAAAGUUCCAUUCGCCUUUAAAGCUCACGCUUAUAGGAUAUAAAUUUGUAUUACACAGCGUCUAGUGUGUGUGGUACGUUAAAAAGUAAUUACAUUUGUGUAAUGAGUAUGUUCGAAGCUACUUAUGAGUAAUUAUUUAAUUGAUUGAAAGUGAGAAUGAGAUCAUUUUGCGAGAAACUUGAGCUUUGUGUCUCAGAUAUUUCUUAAUUUUUUAAAAGUUUUCUUUAUAUUAUUUUAAAAAUAACUGUACCAAAUAUUAAAGUCCAAACUUUGAAAAAUUGUUUAUUUAUUAUUUAUUUAUUUAUUUAUAUAUUUAAGUCUUGUUAUUAAACUUCAAUGAUUUUUUCAUAAAAAAGGAUCAUAAUAUUUUUUCAUAAUAAAAGAGAAUUACAGUAAAGUGAAAAAAGUAUCAAGAAAUUUGAAAUUUAAAAUUAAUAUAAAAUUAAACUUUAACGUUCCUCAAUUAUUAAAAAUACAAAAAAGAACAAAUAUUUAUUUGUUCUAUUUCGAUUAUUCUUUUUUGUAUUUUUAAUUAAAAUUAAUAAUUGUUUCUGUAGUUAAAUAACUUAAAAUUUUAAUUUUUAACAAAAAUUAAGAAAUAUCUGGGACAUGAAACUUAACUUUCUUUGAAAAAGUUAUUAUUUGAAAAAUAUUUACAUCUUGUGUAUAUUUUUCAAUUAUUUCAAAAGACGAAUAUUUGUGCCGCGUUGAACUGGUUUAAUGUAUUUCUGUGAUCCGAAGACACAUGUGAAGGUAAUAAAUGUACUGCGAAUUUUUUUUACAUGAUUCCAAAAAGAAAAUGGUUUAUUUUGUAGUUUGCCACUUCUUAUCUUCAAAAUCCAGACAGCGAAAUGAAACAGUGCACAUAAAUUCCUUAUUAUUUUAAGUUAGAUAUUUUUUGUGCAAUUUAUAUACUUUUUACAAAAAGUUUAUCUAUUCUUUCGUAAAUGUAAUUUGAAUAAAUAAAAUUAUUUUUUUCUUUGUCA